UUGGUUUGGAAUACAUUAUGACCUUUGUCAUCUUGAAAGAAACCUCACCAACUUCUCGUAAAGGUCUCUGAGCAAUCAGGGGGCGGUUGAGUGGUCAGCGUGGGUCUGAGAGAUGCAAUAACGUUACCCCCCCUGAGUUGCGUGAAGGCGCCACACUCCACUAACAUCGGUUUAUCGAGGCUUCUCUUUAUUCUGUGACUCCGGCUCGUCUACCGUCUGUCACCUGACGCCUCUGAACAAACUCAUAGUUUGGACUGAAGAUCCAAUAAGUGGAUAGAUAACAACAGAAACGGCAUUAUUUGCUUCGGUCUGGUUUGUUUGUGGUUUGGCUGGGGUGAAGAACACCGAUGGCUCUCAUGGAUAAGCACAAAGUCAAACGACAGAGGCUGGACCGCAUUUGUGAAGGCAUUCGCCCCCCAAUCCUGAAUGGGCCGAUGCACCCGCGCCCCCUGGUGGCUUUGUUAGACGGGCGCGACUGCACCGUGGAGAUGCCCGUCCUGAAGGACGUGGCCACCGUGGCCUUCUGUGACGCCCAGUCCACCCAGGAGAUCCACGAGAAGGUCCUGAAUGAGGCGGUGGGGGCCCUCAUGUACCACACCAUCACCCUCUCGCGGGACGACCUGGACAAGUUCAAAGGCCUGCGGAUCAUCGUGCGAAUCGGCAGUGGCUUUGACAACGUGGACAUCAAGGCAGCGGCUGAACUAGGCAUUGCCGUCUGUAAUGUUCCGGCCACGUCGGUGGAGGAGACGGCGGACACGUCCAUGUGUCUGAUCUUGAACCUGUACCGCCGGGUCACCUGGAUGCACCAGGCCCUGAGGGAGGGGACCCGGGCCUCCAGCGUGGAGCAGAUCAGGGAGGUGGCCGGCGGAGCGGCCCGCAUCCGGGGGGAGACGCUGGGCAUCAUCGGCCUGGGGCGAGUGGGCCAGGCGGUGGCGCUUCGGGCCAAGGCCUUUGGCUUCAGCGUAAUCUUCUAUGACCCCUACCUGCCUGAUGGCGUGGAGCGCUCCCUGGGCCUUCAGAGGAUGGCCACCCUGCAGGACCUGCUCAUCCACUCCGACUGUGUGUCUCUGCACUGCAGCCUCAACGAGCACAACCAUCACCUCAUCAACGACUUCACCAUCAAACAGAUGCGUCAGGGGGCCUUUCUGGUGAACACGGCGCGAGGGGGCCUGGUGGAUGAGAAGGCCCUGGCCCAGGCCCUGAAGGAGGGCCGGAUACGGGGGGCCGCCUUGGACGUACACGAGACGGAGCCCUUCAGUUUCUCUCAGGGCCCGCUGAAAGACGCCCCCAAUCUGAUCUGCAACCCCCACACAUCCUGGUACAGUGAGCAGGCGUCGCUGGAGGCCCGCGAGGAGGCGGCCAGGGAAGUGCGCCGGGCCAUCACAGGCCGUAUCCCUGACAGCCUGAAGAACUGUGUGAAUAAGGAGUAUCUGAUGGCCACUCCUCAGUGGCCGGGCAUUGACCCCGGGGCGGUCCACUCAGAGCUCAACGGGGCGUCUGCUUACAGGUUUCCUAGCGGUCUGGUUGGGGUGACGGCUGGGGGCCUGUCAGGGGCCGGCGCGGCUGUGGAGGGGAUGGUUGCGGGGAACUUGGCUAUGGCACACGGGAUUGCCCCUGUGUCCCGACCCCCCCACACCCCGUCGCCGGGCCAACCCUCUAAAGCAGAAACGGACAGAGACAUGCCAACGGACCAGUAGCCCCCCCCCUUCUACGCCCCC